GUCGCUGCUGACGUUCGCGUCACUACGCAUGCGCGGAAUUACGUGAUCCAGCUGAGAUAGGAUUCGUCAUUCUACUGGCUGCGUUUGCCCUGGAAAUCGACAUGGCGUCUACCUGUAUGAUCUUACGGCGUAGCAUCGCGACUUCGUGCGUCUGUCAUGGGAAACGAAAUUUCCGAAAAUUCCUGUUGUACAAUAAACGAGGCAGUCGUCAGUUCAAAGAGGCACAGAUGAAGAAUCCGGAUCCUGACAUACCAAUAGACAAGAGGGGUGUAAAAGAUGUCGGAUAUGCAGUAGGUGAUAAGUUUGUCACCGUGCCAGAGAUGAUUCCCGAAUUAAUUGUCCCUUCACUCGAAGGAUUCAAAUUGAAGCCUUACGUGUCAUACAGAGUGGAGGAUUUCGAGCAGCGUGAAUUGACCGCUCAAGACUUGUUCGACAUGAUAUAUUCCGAUAAGAUAAAAGAGGACUUUGCAAAGAAUCAGUUGGACGAGAAUGGGAAUCCCUUAAAUCCGAGUGAAAACGAACAGCUCACGUCGCAAGAAGCUAAGAACAACGCCGGGAAAACAGGCUGUGAUAUUUUCUAAGGGCCGUUAGCCAAGGGUCGUAAGUUAUGCCUUGACAUCUUCAUAAUUCAUAAUGUAAAGAUAGAUUCUCUUGUGGAGACAUAGGAUAUCGAAGUGAAUAAACGUAUCUUCAAUGUGCUCUGAACACAUUAAUUUAA